GCAACCGCUCUGGCUUCUGUAGUCCCUGCCUCCUUCCUGAGGGAAGCAUCAACCUACGACCCAACGGAACACCGAGCGUCUUGUACAAACUUGUCCCCUCGGAGGGAAAGCUCUUACCACACCUAGAUGCCAAAUAACUGACCAUGAGCCAGGCUAUCAGAGCCGUAGCCACUAUGAACGACAAGUACCACCGGGCAGCCCGGGAUGGCUACCUGGACCUACUCAGAGAGGCCACUCGGAAGCAGCUCAACGCGCCCGAUGAAGACGGAAUGACACCGACGUUAUGGGCUGCGUACCACGGCAACCUUGACGCGCUCCGGCUCGUUGUGGAAAGAGGAGGUGACCCUGACAAGUGUGAUAUCUGGGGCAACACGCCGCUCCAUCUGGCCGCCGCCAACGGCCACCACAGCUGCCUGUCCUUCCUGGUAUCGUUCGGUGCCAAUGUGUGGUGCCUGGACAACGACUACCACACGCCCCUUGACAUGGCUGCCACCAAGAGCCACAUGGACUGUGUCCGAUACCUGGACUCCAUCGCCGCCAAGCAGUCUGUUCACAACCCCAAGCUGGUGGGCAAGCUGAAAGACAGAGCGUUCCGCGCGGCAGAAAGGAGGAUAAAGGACUGUGUGAAGCAGCAGCAGAAACACCACCGGCGGCUGGAGAGAAUGUUCCAGAAGGAGAGCGUACCGUUGGAUAACUCAGACGCCAUGAGUUUCUCUAGUUAUAACAGCAGCAGCACGCUUCCUCAGUUCAACACGGUCACUUCCAACAUGCCAUACUCACAGGCCACUGUACACUCCACAACCAAGGGGAGGACCAAGAUUCACAAGAAGCUAGAGAAGAAGAAACAGGUGGACGGCACCUUUAAGAUCUACGAGGAUGGGAGGAAGAGUGUUCGCUCGCUGUCUGGCCUUCAGCUUGGCCAGGACGUCAUGUUCCUCAAGCAGGGCACUUACGCCAACUCUAAGGACCACUCGCGCCUCAACAUCCGGGACAUGUUCCCUCACCACGGCAACAACCACGAUCACCAUGACAACGACCACUACGAUGACGACGAACGUGCCGACACCCUCUUCCACAUCUCCCGUGCCAUCAGCGACCCGGUUCUCCACGAGGCCGCCUACUCCGAGAUCAGCACUGACUCGGGCCGUGACUCCCUUUUCACCCGGCCCGGUCUUGGAACCAUGGUGUUCCGACGGAACUACGUCUCCGAUGGCCUCUUCAGCAUUGGAGCCCGGGAUGAGGGUUCCGUGGCUGGCUCCGAGCCGGUGGGCCGUGCCCCUAACGUCCACCUCCGUGGCCGUCUCCCCCGGCGCCAGCCCAGCCUGGAUGAUGCAAUAAAGAUAGACAGAAUCAUGAGCGCCCUGAGCCUCCCGGAGAGGACCCUGCAGGAGCUGCCCUGGGAGGAGGCUGACGUGGGCCUGGACGAGGAUCUGCCCUGGGUGGAGACUGACGUGGGCCUGGACGAGGAUCUGCCCUGGGAGGAGGCUGACGUGGGUCUGGAUGAGGAGCUGGAGUCUGAGAGUGGACGCCUGGAGACUUUUCUGGCCUCCCAGAGCCUGGGGGAGUUCAUGCCCAUUUUCAGGAGGGAGAAGAUUGACCUCGAAGCUCUUUUGUUCUGCUCAGACCAGGAACUGACCUCCAUACACAUCCCACUGGGACCCAGGAAGAAGCUGCUAAAGGCCUGUAAGAGACGGCUGGACACCCUGGAGGAACCAGAGGGCAUCAAGGACACUGAGCUCUGA